UUCAGCCUGCUUCAAAAUAAUAAUUUAACGAAAAUCCCUGCUGAAGUUUUCAGGAAUCAAAGUCGACUUCGAAUAAUGUAAGUUCAGCGAAACUUCACUCUACUACUUAAAAAGGACAUCCGUACAUAACGCCGGGCAUUUUCGUUUGUCCCGACUAAAGCUCAUACGCUAAAUAUAACGGACGCUGGUUAAUAGGGACAAUUAGCAAUUGUUGAAUUCGGGUUUUGCAUCAUCUGAAGAAUUAUGGAGAUCGAGGAGGGUGUUUAACCACCGAGGCCUCAAGGACGAGGCGGAUAACACCAUCUGAGAUCUCCAUAAUUCUUCAGAUGAUACGAAGCCGAAUUCAAUAGUAGUUUUACUAUUUGCUCAAAAGAAUUCCUAGUUUAAAAACAAGCUAAAACGUGCUUACCUCCAUCGAUGUUAAGUUCAUUUUCGAUAGUUCAUGUUUAUCAGCAAGUUUAGGAGAUGAAGAGUUGUUCAGUUCUGGAAACAUUCUCCAAAUUAAAGAUGUCCGUCGAGUUGCCUUCUUGCUGUUCUUGCUAUGUUUUUAGCCAAAAGCUCGUAUAUUUCUUCCACGUGAAACGAGUGAAAUGUUUCCCCAUUUUGUAUUCACUAACACAACAACUCAGCCUCGUCCUCAGGUAUCAGUGGCUGACCGUUCAAUAAUCUGGCAAUUUUGAUGCACGAUUGAUGUCAUCAGUUCACAUAUCGCAAAAUUCUUCCAAAAUUUGGUCGACAGUAGCUAGUUAUGAUGAAUUAUGCCUGGGAUUUUAGCUAAUCAGAAACAUAGAAAUAUAUCGAAUCAACAAUAACGGACAUUCUCCCGCCAGUCCCGUGUCACAUAUUCCUAUAUACAUGUAUCAUCAACUGCGCUUUAAGGACACUGCUUAUCUGCGCCCUCAGUCUGUGACUGAAUAUGUUACCAGUGAAAACAUAACAGGAACGGCAGGUUCUGUCUAACAUUCAGUCCGCCUGAUUUAACAGAUUCCAUUGUAGUCCUUCAAAACAAUAUUUUAGUGGUAAUUUUAGUCUGAGACAAAACAUCCCAAGGUUUCUUUAGGAUGAUUUUGUUACUGUUAGGGAGUUUAGAAAUGAAACAGCCUUUUUGGAUCGUGAAAAUGUCUGCUUUCGUCUUUAUAUCGAUAAACAUGUGUCCGUGAGGUUUUUUGUUCUAAAAAAUCUCUUAAUGCUGACACCCGGUUAAUACAGACACUAUGGCAUGUCCCCUUGGUGUUCCUCAUUAACCGGGUUCCACUGUAGUAACACGAUCGUCUUUAAUUAUUGGUUUUAGUCAACAACUCCUGCUAUACCUUUCCUACCCUACUAUAGUAUCAUAGGUCUAGCAUUAUCAGAUAAUUUAUACUGUAUCUCUCCAGAAGGAGCCGUACAAAUCGCCUUAAUAGUUAAGAGAAACCACUCUUUGACUAUUGUUUGAUAAAACCCUACCUACAAAAAAGCAGUUCUUUGAUAUCCGCAAACGCAGAGGAUAAUGAGAAUAAAUGCAAUGAAGAGCCGCUCGUUUUGUUGAACUCGUACAAGAGCGACCCAUGCACUGUAACACGUUUUUUAACUUGAAUGAAUAGCAGUAGGUAUAUCUGGAUGAAUGUUGCAUUGGAAGGAAACCUUAUUUGCCAUGCUGUAAAGAUGGCUCUUCACAUUUCAGAAACUGCUGCGUACUUGAGUUCAUUUUCACAGAGCACUGGGAAUACCAUCACAAAAAGAUUGUCUGAGUGGAAAGGUCGAUCAUCCGGCAGUCUUGAUUUCCUUUAAAAACUAAACAAACAUCAAUUUUAUUCCAUAAGUUAUUGAAAAUAUAAUUUAUUGCUGUUAUUAAUAUUUUUGAUGAAAGGAUUCAUUAGAAAAUCUCAACCAAUUAACGUAUUCUUUUCGAACGUUAACGUAGCGUUGCAGCUCAUACGGAUACUACUUGUAUCAACUUUGGGUCGUAAAAAGAAAAACCAGGUGAUAUUGUUUUCUAUUCCAAUCUUACGCUCGUGGAAAGACGGUUGGUGUCGUGAAUAAAUUCUGUAGAGAGAACACCGUUUGGAGAGAAUUUAGCUUGUCACUUGCUGAUAUCUUUUGUUGCUUCUGUUUCCCUACUCUACACCAUGUGAGAGUACACAAGGAAGUAUUCAGUCUACUUCCAAAUCUGGCAUAUCCAUCCUUGCAAAUGCCAAAUUAAACAUUUCUUUUUAUCCAAUAAAGCGUGUAUGCGGCCCAAAUGUAUAUGGAGAAUACUCCCGCAUGUUCAUCGUCGUGUGAUACAUUAGAACAAAGAACAUCCUGUCCUUUCCAAGUGGGCUUAACAAGGUUAAUACGUUCGACUGAGUCUUUUUUCUGUUAGAAGAGACGGUUUUGCAAUUGGCAUCGUAUAACUAUUAAAUGCGAGGGAUUUCGGAAGCGGGAAGUAACCCAAAAUGUUUAGUAAGUGAAGGAUCAGUAGUCAAAAAGAAGGAAACAGCAGCAGUUUAUUAUUUUUUUCCAACAAAAUUACUAUUUACAAAGUGAAAGGGGAUUGCUACAAUAUAUAGACUUAGCCAAGGCUAUAAACGAAGCGUCCUUCCCCCCGCCCCCCCGCCCCCACCCCACCGCACCCCUUUGAGAAGCUACUAGCCUAUGAAAUUUAAUCUUUACAAAGGCUGGUUGUCAUUCACGAACUCUUUGGCGUCCAGUCCACAGUUUAAUAUGUUUAUUGGUCAAUUUUUCUGUCUCAAAUGGAUUAUAUCCGAAUGGGGUAAAUUAGGCCGAUUUUGAGUUUGGAAUAUGUUUUCUUUGCAAAAUCGGAACGACAAACCGUUAAUUACGUGUAAACUACCCUUUAUCUUAAUAUCUGAUGUUCAGUAACCUCAACUGUAAGUUAUACUCUUUUUUUUUUUUCUGGCGAAAAGUCCCUGAAAGGUUAAAAGCUUAUUUAUCAUAUCCCCUCAAUGAAUAACCAUAAUUUUGCAGUCUACAGAAAUGCCCUUUAGGUAUUUUGUAUUUUAAUGGCUAAUGUGUGCCAGUCACGAGUCUUGUCUUUGGUUUCGGCGACAAUGAACAAUGUUAAUGUGUAAACACAGGCGCAAAUCACAGACCAUGUUUAAACCAUUUUCAGACACUUCAUUCGCGCGUCAUUCUGACAUAUUCCUACCCUGGGUGCCAGAGACUUUCCUAGCGCGGUUUCCGGUUUUUGUCAAGUCUUUAUAGUAACCCUCUGAGUAACCCGCGCGAAAAGUUCUCGCGGCUUAGCCGCACGCGAGAAAACCCUCUGGUACCCAGGGUAACAUAUUCCGCGAAAGGAAAAAAAGAUAGAUGCAAAACACUUUCCGAAAUUAUGAAUAACAAUCAAAACAUCAAAAAAACCUCAAUGAAAGAUGUACAACAACAAAACUCUUUUUAUUCAAGACAGCAACUAGAAUGACUGAAAUGUUUCCGAAAUCUUGUUUCUUUGUGUUUGUUUGUUUCUUUUGUUUUUCUUUAGCCGGCUCUUGGCGUUUAAAAUAGUUACGUUAUUAAAUUACGUAAGAAAAAAGAAAAGAAAAGAAAUACAAUAACACGCAGAAAGCAACACCUUACAAAUAAAUUCAAGUACAGGGGAUUUUGUAAUUUGGAAAAGACUAAAAUUACAAUGGACGUAUAUACAACAUAUCAGGUUAACUUCGUAAAAUAUUCUAUUAAAUAAUUAACAUUCAAAUAACUAUCUUCAUUACCUAGAACAUUAAGGAGUUGUGAUUUAUUUUUUUACGAAAACUAGACACCAGAAGGUGUAUACUGGGCUGCCAUAAAACCUAGACUAGAUAGAAAUUAUGUAUUGUAUGAAAACGAGAUGUUUACCACAACAGAUAGCUGACAGCGUAUGAAAGAAAGAAGUAACCCUGCUAAACCCAUUCCCAUGCCGGACACCACCCCAACCCACGGGUUUCAUUAAACUGUUUGAACUGAAACUAUAAAUAAAUGAAUGCAAACUAGGUGGGUGUACCGAGUGGAACGAGAUUUUUGCGGUUGUUUACUUUUGCAGAUUGAGCAUUUUAUCUGUUUCGCGGAAACUAAUUUUUGCGACUAGGUGUUAUGAAGUAAGAGUGUAGCGUGAUUGUGAGAUGGCAUGAUUUUACUCCUUUUAAAACUUUGUGAUUAUGUUAAUAGUUUCCCUUGUCUGUCAGAUUUUACUGAUUGCGGGGUUAAACAUUCGAAGUAUUUAACAACAUAACUGAGCGAAAGUGAACUUGCUGACAGAUCGGAUUAAAAACUAAAGCUUACAGAUUCACGAAAGUCACGAUUUCGUGUAGUGUGUGAGCGAGCCAUUGUACUGUGAAGAUUGAAGCCGUGAAAUAAACCCUGUUUUUUCUAAAACUGUGAUAUCGUGAAGAACGGCGGUACGGCAUUCACGACACUAGGACACAUUGGUUUUUCUUGCUGACAAUUAAUUUUCAAAAAGUACCCAGUACCCAGCGUUGAUAUUUUUGUUUUUGUUAAGUAGGUGCAAUCAGGGUGUAAUAGAAAUACAGAUUUUCAAACGAUACUACGGUAUGCCUACAUUAUGUAAAACCAAUUCAUUGUAUACCGUUUUGUUUCUGAAUUGAAGAGGCGAGUUGUAAUUGAACAGACACGAUUUCUUAGUGCUGUAUUUUUGUGUAGUAAAUUUUAGUCAGGGUAUAUUUAAUACUAGAUCUAGAGUAAAUUAUUGCGGGAAAAAUGUUUUCGUUAAUUUUUUGGGGGGAAAUUACUUUUACGGAUCGCUGGAAAAAUGGUAAAAAUCGUCAAAAUUAAAACCCGCAAAAAUUUCGUGCCACACGGUAUCGCUAGUUCAGUUCAUGAUCUGAACUUUUUUUUGUUUUUUUGACAGCUUGUCUCUAUUUUUGAGGACAAUGAAAAAAAAUCGUCCGUUCGUAGGAGAAAGGCUUCAGCGCAUCUGAAAUUUUCUUUAAUCGCGGGCAAUACCAUUGAGCUGUAGUUAGAGCGGCGCACAGAGUUAAAUUGUCUAAACUAAACCAAACUGGUUCGACAUGGACGGAGUUUUUAAGCGAAGAAAACGGUUUUUUUUUAGUUUGUUAUCAGUAGUAUUUUUAUGCACUGCGAACCGACCGGAUGAAAAUAAACUCAUUCAAUUCUUUGAACUAUCAUAGAAGGGACGUCUGUACACCGGCUAGCGUGUGCAUAAGAUAAAAGUGUUCAUUGCGGAGGUCAUAUAUAGCGCCAGGAAUGGGCUCCUGAUGGCUUUUUUUAUCCCGUGGGGUACUCCACAUAAUGACCUAUAUGGGGAGACUCCGCGCGAAAGGGGUACCUUUAUUAUGCUUCAGGUAUACAAAAGAGUAGAGAUUUCACUGGCUGAAGUAUAUGAAAGGGUAGGAAAAUGCGUCAUUUCGGUCAGUAAAAAGGCCCAAAAGGACUAGGCUUAAGAUCACGUUGUUUAUCUUUCCUAGAGAGAAAACAUACUUUGCAUAGCAAGAUCUCAUACCUUCUUUCAUUUCUUCAGUUCUAAAAAAUUUGACAGAGAAACAUUCUUUUGCAGAUAAUCGCGUAUUAUAAUGAUGUUUUGUAUUGUUUUUCGCAAACUUAUCGAGACCACUUUUAGGAGCUGUCGUAGCAUGAACGUCAUACAUUAAACAGCUUAACUGUUGAAAGAACAAAGACUGCAAAGGAAGGCAGUUGAGUCAAUAAAAAAAGGGAUUGCAUGGUCUCUGGGUUUAGAAAAAUAAAUCAAACGCAGAGCACGUUUUUGCAGAACAACUAUCUUAUUGAGGUAGGUCUGUGGACAGUUGCCCCAUGCACAGAUACCAUAAUUUAAAUAAGGAGCAAUAAGUGCAUGACAUAAAUUCAAAAGAAGAUGUCGUGGAAUGUAAUGCCUCAUUUUAGCAAUUAUUCCAACCGAUCUACUAAUUUUGUGGCAGAUAAAGUCAAUAUGAUGCUUCCAUGAUAGUUCAGAAUCAAUCAUUAUUAUACCCAAAUAUUUAACAAAGUCCUUCAUCUCUAAAACUACUCGAGUAUUUAAAAUUGAAUUAAAAAUCUUAAUUAGAGGAAUGAAGGUAUUCUUUUUUGGUGCGGACGAAAAAUGACAUAAUUAGACUUUCUGACGUUGAGCGUUAGUUUGACGGGGUUUAGCAUUGAGCCAUUCUCUUACUUUCUCAAGCUCAUUGUUGACAGUUAGUCCAAAACCUUUCUCUUUCCAUUUGCAACCAGAAAAUUAAUUUUAAUUAAGCUUGUGUAUAUUUAAGCUUACAAACGAGAGGCCAUUGACAUUGUCUCUCUGUCUCAAAUCUUUAGUACGUCAUGAAAUGAAAUAAUUAGGCCUGACUUAAAAAAAAAAAACUAAAACGAAACAAAAACUGUAACAAUUACAUAGGCUCACCUUAAAUGCAGGCCCUGAAGGCAAGAAGUGAGGUCAGAAACUUUUCCUGUACUCUGCUGUAAAAGCUUGCAUGACAUUUUUUACUUUUGUUGAAUCCCGUGGCUACGCUUUCCUCAACCCAAACACUGUACACAACCAGCUUCGAAUAACAGAAGAAUCUUGAUUGCUGCCGUAUUUCAUUUUGUGGCGGCAGUGGAAGAACACAAAGACUAAAACUUUGAAAUGUUACAAGAUUUUUCCUGUAGUCCGCCGUAAGAGCCCGCAUGAACUAUGACAAACGCAGCAAUCGAUGAAUCCCUUUGCGAUUCUUUCCUCAACGAAAAACCAAAUAAACAAUUCAGUUCUGAAAAACAGAAAGACAAAGCAGUAGUAUUUCAUUUUGUGGCGUCAAUACAAGAACACGAUAACUUUACAACUUAACUGAAAUGAAAAAUAGGCUUCAGUUCUCAGUACGUACGUCUGUCCUAAAACAAUUUUUUCUAGAUGUUGCUAGCCUACGUGUAGCCGCACUCUAACCCCGACAAAGAAAACUUGGAGAGAGGCCCCCUCCGUUUUCCCUUUGUCGGCGGGAGGGUGCGCGGCUAUACGUAGGUUAGAUGUUGCGGCUUUCAUUUAUAAAUUCACCUGUCAAAAUUUUGACCAAGCGCGGGGAGGGGUGGGGGGGAGGGUUGUCCUGCUACUGAACAGAGAAAAACUUCAGCCUAUAUUUUUACUCCAGCAACUCCGUUGGUUGCCCCUAAAACCGUUAAUUUUGCGCCAAAUAGGAACCCAACGUACAUGUCUGAGACUCCCUUCCCUAACCUACUGAGUUUUUAUCACUGCUCCCAGAGUCUGUACGAGUGUUCGGGAGCUCGGGGAUACGCUGACGUCAAAACCAAAUUUUCUGGUUUCGAUAGGUUCCCAUGUUCUAUAAAUGUACGUACGGGAGCUUCUGGGGCUCCGCUGCGCGCGCCGACGCUCCGUUCCGCUAGAAUAUAUAUCAAGUACAUUAGCGUUGUUUUCGCGCUCAUCCUUGCAUAAAAAGGGCCGGAGAUGCAGCCGUAUACUACAGUUGAUUCGGGCGUGGGCUCAACUCACCAACACCAUAUUUUUAGAUUUCUUUUAUAGACCUUUGAACCUUUGAAUGUUCGCUAAAUUAGUUUGAAGAAAUUAAAGGGUUCGCGACUGUCAACAUAUUCUAACCAUUUACAAAAAUUAGCUCAGAACUAUUGUCGAACUACCAAACUGCGAAAACAAAACAUUUUUUGCAUGGGGAAAGAGCUUUGAUGCAAGAGCCAUAUUAUGGCUCUUGUUUGAUUUCAUUGAGCGUGAUUUUUGCUGGCAAGCAGUAACCACUGUAACAAAUAGUUUUUGUUUUGUUUUGCACAUGUCUUGAACUCCGUGACUGGUCAUAUCAUAAACAACAUUUUCGAAAUAUUAGAAACGUUACAGUUUCUUAGCUGAGUAACAACGUCCUACAAUAAACUUUUGCUUAAUACUGAGUCAUUUAAGACAAAUCUGAUUCGAUGAGCUAAUUUUACCAAAAAAUGAUUCUUGUUAGACUAUUCACGACUUACACCGUAAGCAUUGAAAUUUGGUAUUUUCAAGUAUACAUAUUACAAAGUAAUGUUUUCCUACUUCAUCGUCUUUUGUCAAGGUGGGUAUCUCUACGAGGUAGAUAGAUUAGACUUGUCAUUUCCUAAUGACGAAUUAGGUUAAUGUUGCAUCAUAAGAUUGAUCAUCUUAUUGCGAUUUAGGUAUGUUAGAUUUAACAUCUUUUUAUGUCAAGUUAUUGUCAGAGUUACUAUCUUUUAUGGCAAGUCACAUAUUUUUGAAACUAGUGUUCUCCAUUUAUUUCCGGCCUGAACACGCAGUCACAGCUGCUUCACGGCACCACGUGUACAGAAGAAUAAAUAAAAUGUGUACCAAGAAUACAUGUAUGUAUUCUUGACACCUAAUGGCAACUGUUCUCCAACCAGCUCCGUUUCUUUAUCUUGGAGUUCUACAAUAAAACCCUUCGAUCCUUUCCCCGACCGAGACCGAGAGUUAAAUGAAUGCUAUCGAGAUUGAUUUUGUAUUUCUUUUUCAGAAUGCUUUCAGAUAAUCCUUUGGAGAGUAUAGGGUCACGUGCAUUCACAAUUCCAAACAACGAUCUGUUAAUGUAAGUAUUCAAUGUUGCAUUUUGAUGGAGAGGAAGUUAAGAGGCAGCUCAUGCCGCAAUAGCAAACUGAAAUCGCUUAUUUUCACUUCAGUCUAUUCAGAUCAACUUUUGUGAUCUUUGAUUUCUGGAUUGAUUAUUAGAUUUCCAUUUCUGCCUCCCCCUUCAUUUUUUCCCUCCCCAUUCCAACUUUCUCAACGGACUCGUGCAGAAGCGCUUGCUACUUAGCAGUGACAAAUGUUCAAUGUCAGGUAAAGAUUCCAACCCUGGCCUCCAUCACUAUGAAUAGGGUGAUAAAGCAAAGACUUCAGGUGAUUGCAGAAAUAGAAAGGUUACGGGGACUUGAUGAAAGCGGUAUACGUUCUAAAAUUAAACUGGCUUAAAGAGUGUUAACUAAACUUACAAAUAAUAGGUCAAAGUGAAAAUUUCAGUUGUUAAGAUUCAUUUCGCUUAUCAAAUCAAAUGCCCUCUGGCAUUAUUAUUGUUAUAUUAUUUCUUUUCUUUCUAUAUUUGCUACUGCUAUUAUUACUAUUAGUGAAGGCAGCAAUGGGGCCUUGAUGAAAAGGACCUCUCGGGUGCCCACUUACUGUUUGUCUAACUCGGAAAACUGCGACAACUUGAGUUGUUAUAUUCCUAGACGAUCACUUAACUAAACAGGGACAGCCAUUGGCCGAUUCUCGGUCACAUGGCCUUGAAUAAAAUCAAAUGUAUCCCGAUCGUGAUACAUUUAAUAAACAAUGUACCCGGCUCGGGAUACAUUACAGCACGUGAUCAAAGCAUGGUGGAAAGUGUCGUGACCGAAGGCGGGAAAAACACUCCCAGUUUUCUUUUUCGAGAAUGAACAUAAUUAAAACAACACAAACAUGAAGCCUCAAGCUAAAAAGCAACGAUUUUUAAAGUUAUCCGAGAAGAGAAACAGCAGCUAGUGGAAGAAAAAGAUACAGAUAACAUAAGGAAAGUACUUUGUACAUCAUUCAUGUAGUGGUUUUGAGAAUUAAAUCUAUGUUCUUAUAAGUACCGAGUCGACUCUUUUGAUUCGCUUCGCUAAAGCGUAUUCUUUUGUUGUUGUUGAAGUACGUUGAAUUGAAAGUCUAGAAAUAUAACAAAACACUUAAUGUCAGGUCAAUCGGGAAACCAGUCUCUGGAAACAUCAGGACUCUCGGGAAAACAAAACUAACUGUUUCCCUCGGGAUCUAAGUGUAUAAGUGUAUAAUAUCUUAGGAAUGCUGAUCGUGUAGUAAACAGGCACGAAAAAUAUCAAGGCACACAAACAAUCCACAGAACCACGAACUUGUUACUUACCGUUGCUGCAUGCGGUUUGGUUUAUGGACGCUGAAUUAAAUGGCGAUUUUUUUUACAACUCAAUAACAUUCAGAAUUCAGUUUCUUUUGCCCAAGAUUUUCUGACUUUUAUAGUAUGGAAAAACGAUGAAAAGGUAAUACUCUUUUCUUUCCCGGCAUAUGGCACAACUAAUACAAGACCCAUAUUCCUUUGCUUUAGAGGACCUCUGAUAACUGUUUGAAUUUGUAACACCUACAGAUGAGAGGUUGAAUGCAAGCUUGAAUACAAUCCUUGUAAAAUUCCCUCUUUUUUUAGGUUGUUUCCUGUUCUUUUUAUUUUGUCAAGAAAUAUUUUUUGUUUAUCAAUUAUUAUUCACAGCCUUUUCAUGCUUCUUUCCACACUCUGAAAUCAUAAAGUAUUUUCUAAAUAUUAAACAGCGUUCAGUGUAAAGAUACUUACAGACCUACACAGCAAGAAUUCAGCAUUGAUUGUUUGUUUUUGUUUUUGUUAAAGAUAUAUGAUACGAACCAAGGUCAAGACAUUUAGCUUUCGAUCUCUCGACGGCAUUUCUAACUUAACAACUAAUAUGUAAGUAUAAUAGUGAAUUAUUUCCAAACUAACCAGUCGCCAUUUCUCUGAAAGGGAUUUACUAGUUCAAUUAUGGUUCUAUUACGCGCCUAUACAAUGACCAAAUCAUGGAGAAAGUUUUGAAUUUUCUCUUUCCCUCCCUAUUUAAUAUCGUAAGUUAACUCUUGAAAUAAACAAAACGAAACUUUAAUUAGCUAAGGCACCCAAUUUCUCUUCCCAGCUAGACUACAUCAAAAGUGCUCUUUUCAGCCCAUAAUGAAACAUCCUCUUUUCAUCGGCAAAGAAAUGAUUUUCGUCUUUCAUAAGAACAAUCACUGGGUUUUUCUAUUGUAAGAGCUGGACCUCUCUUUCUUUUGGACACCUUUUCUUGCAAGAAAACUCGGUAAACAAUUUGAGGCCAACAAAGUAAAGCUGCUUGAGGAGCAGCCGAGAGCACCUCAAGCUUCUCGAGUGCUCUCCAAACUUUCUAAGUGCUUUAUUUUUCGACAUGCACACAGCUGAAGCAUGAACCAAUUGUUUUACAACAUUUAAAAUACGAUCAAUGCAGCAGUUACCUUGAAAUUUUAUUACUAUAGCGCGCUCAAAGUAGUCUGCUACACGCAACCCUCCUUUGCACAAACGGCUGCUGAGAAUCGAACCACAUUCCUUUCCCGCGGCUAGCUUAUUAGAAUUCAGGUCCCAUUUAGUGGAAGGUGUUCGCGCCACGUUUGCAGUACGGUGACUCCUCCAAUCAAAGCUUUGCUUUUUUCUGUGCCCCAUGUGUGAAAGACAGAACAAUCAAAAUCGUCGCGUGAAGACAAGCAAUAAACUAGAGUAGUGUUUUCGUAGUCGAGUCCUAUUCAAAAUUUACGAGAUAACCCGGUAGCAGCAAGCAAGUCGAACAAAUGUGAUGCACAACAUGGAUGUGCUUACAAAGUUGCCGGGUAUAGUUUUGCGAAUCGUUCAUCGCUAAUUUAUAAGGUUGCUUUUGUUUGACUCAGUACCCUUGAGAGUUUAGUCUUCACAUGUACAGCAACACAAUGAGCACAUUCGGCACAUGAAAUUCAUCAUGCAUAUGCACGAUAAAAAGAACCAACUGAUCCUGGUAAGAGUCUGAGGGGCUAUCAAACCUUUUUUCACUUGGAACUUUGUUAACCGUUCCGUUACUUGAAGACACAGAGCCCGUCCAAAUUCAGCGACGAUUGAUUGAUUUGUCGAAAAUUGAGAAGCGUGUUCGCUUCCUAGCGCCCCGCGGCUCACGUAUUGUCAAGUUUCUUAUACAUUAUUGGUUUGUUCGUUAGACCACAAACACAAAGGGAAAGGAGUGUGGUCCGAAUCUCAGCAGCCAUUUGUGGGGAGGAGAGUUGCGUGACGACACUAAAAACGGUCGUGUUGCAGACUACGCUCAAAGCAGUAUGCGUCAAUAUUUACUUAUUGUUGUUUUCAACUCAUAGUUGUGUUUGCAAAUUUUUUUUAUCUUCAAACUGAAAGUAUACAAAAGCCGCUUGAGAUAACAUCCGAAACGGUUUUACAAUCCAUAUUGAGAUGGGAAACUAUUAAGUCACCAAAAAGUUCUUUUUGAACGAAAAAAGAAUGAUUUGCACACGCCAUAGCUCGGCAGAUGACAACAACAACACUCACCUCUUUCAUACUAUGUGUUAACAAAUUCCAAAGCGUUUUUCUUUAGAUUAUAUUAAAAUCAUACACACACUCCUGACACAUGGUAAACGCUUGAUCGUGCACUAUUGAGUUAUGGAUGCACUUGUGAGGAUUGCUAGGCUCACAAGAAGUGGUUUGGAGGUUUAAGUUUUGUGACGUCAUCAUAGAGUGCUCAAUAAGAAUAGGAGGCACGCUUGCGCUUUUGAAUUUGAUUGGGCGAGGAUUGUAGUUUUUUUUUGUUUUAAUAUGUUUGGUGUCACUAUAAUAUUAUCCUAAAAACUCUCAUAAAAGAAACUUCUUUAAAACCAGCACAUUUAAUGACAGUUAUAUAGAAUACAAGUACUUUUAGCUGACCUGCAGCAUUUGUUUCAAAAAAUGAACUUCAACCUCCCAGGCGGUGUGGCACGGCUCGUCAAGGGUCAUGGAAAAAAUGACAAAGAAAUCCACUUCACUGGAGACACGAUCCAGUAAACAUCUCGCAGGAGAGCUCACAGUGGGGGGUAAAACAGGCACUGAGACUCUGUUUCCCGUUUUCGAAGGAACAACUGAAGAUAAAACAUAAAACAUAAAUGAAGCCCAGCGCUCAUCUCCCCCAAGGCCAAUAGCCGUCAUUUAAGAUUAAGAUUGAACCUCUAUUUAACCGUCUUUCAAGGAAACAGGCCCUGAGUUGUAGAAGACAGGCAGUAUUUGUUUCGUGUGCCUCCGCAUAUUAGAAAACACAGACUAAUAUAACUAGUAAUAGUUGACACUAUGUCCCCGCUCUGUAUAUUGUCGGUCAAUAGCAUUCUUACUCGUUGUGUAGCUCUUUGAAAUAUACCGAUUCAUAACGAAGAUUUUCACACAUAUUCCAUACAAUAGGUGAGAUAAAUACAGGAAAAGCAAGGUUUCGUGCACAGUGUAAGGUCGCCUACGGUCGAUUUACACAGCUUUGAUCAAAACAUUCUCAGUUUCGAGAAUAGUUUAUUCUAAACCAUAACAAAAGAUUUAAUUAGAAGUUGAAUUUUUCACUUUUUACAUUCAGUUCAUUUUAUUUGCCGGAAAGAAAGCCUUAGAAAUUAAAAGGACGUUUGAUCAAUUCACACUCGCGCAUUCUAGUCUUAUUUUAAACUUUAUAGGGGAAGGACAUCUGUGAGCAGCGAAUAAGUCAGCACAGAAUUUGAUUAUCGGCGAAUUUCUGUAAUCGUCCAUUGUUCUGCUAGUGAGAAGCUAGCCGUUGAUCACUCGUCUUGUUUGUUUGGGGCUGAGUCUUAUUCCGGUCAAAGAGAGAGAAAGAGUGUCUGGCAAGGUUUCCAAUGAAAUAUUUGUCAACUCGUGCCUGGCAAACUCUCCAAGUGUUUAUAUAUACGCAGUUAUACGCACCUUAUAACUUCCUCAGCGUUUAACGAGUGUUGUUAAAAUUUUGGUCCAUAUUAAACUUUCACUGAAACAACUGCUCCACAGAAUGUCACUGAUAACACGUAUCGCAAAAGAGUGUCGAAGUAUGACUGCACAAUAAAUGUCACAAAAUCUACCUAAGCAGUCCCUUGCGGAUGUUCUGUCUUUGAGUCAUCCUAACCAUUUCGUACUUGCGGGCGCAAACAAUAGAAACGUCAUCAUUACUUACCGAUUCCUCGCGGCCCCUGUUCAACCAAAUCGAGAUUUUUUCUAUAUUGACUGUAUGACUGUAUAUUUCAACUGUAAGUACUUUGCUUAAUAUACGCGCGAGUAACUAGAGUGCCUCCUCGGGAUUUCGCCUUCUGGGCGAAAUCCCUGCGGGGGCAAUAAUUUGCCUGAUGACGUCAUUUUACUACUAAGACCAGAAUCCUUUACUUUUUCCUUUCAUAUCUAAAGUUGGUAAUCCCAGAGAGAAUUAAAUGACAAAAGCCCUAAUUUGCACAAUAAAGCAAAACCCUCAAGAAUUCUGGUCGUAGUAGUAAAAUGAAGUCAUCAUGCAAGUGGCAUAUUAUGAUUCCUAUCUGAACACACCCUUUUUAAUAUCUCAUGCAUGAGUCUGGAUGCCUGCGUGUAAGUUCUACCCCGUACUUGUGUUACAAAGUGGUCGCUGGUUUUUAUAUGUUUGUACCUUUCCCUCUAAAUCCAGGGCACUUUACGACUACCUGUUCAGUGAUUUUGUUACAAAUUACUAAAAGUGAGUCCUGGGACUCAUCUUAUGAAAAAUCAUGAGUCCCAGUCCAGAAUAAAUGAUACCCAGUUCAAAAAAACACUGAGUCCUCACCUCUAUAUUAACAGAUGCCACAACUCUAAUGAAACCAGACUAUCACGUGUAAUCUGUAGAACAUUAUCAAUAGCAAAGUACUUAUCUCUGUAAUACAUUAUAGUCAGUGUGCUGAAAUCAAAUUACAGUCUUUUUAGUGAAAAAUAGAAAACGCUAACACUGUCACUCUUGGGACCACUCUUGGAUUUUUUAUUGUUUAAAGUCAUACCCAGCGGCUCUCCUCGAAAAACUUAUCUUUUUUGUCCCGGCCAGUAGGAGCAAAACAUUUUUGGGUGGCAUUUUCUAAUUUUUAUAUUAACAGUAACGAGCCCUUGAAGCUUAGAAUUAGUUAGAAAGUUUUGCCCUACUACGAACCACUUUCGGCCAUCUUGGGUCAGCUACGUGCUUUCCAUAUAUGACAAACGUAAUGAGUAACCACUCCAUCAGGUAAAUAAACAUGGCCGCUUUUGAAAAAGAUCUUAUGGAGAAUUUGCGUGGAAAAAUUUCUGUAUCUAUUCAUUCAGAAACUGUUGUUAAUCUAUUUUACGAGCGGACGAUAUUACUCUUUUGUCUUGAGGUAGCGUUCAAUAUUCCUUUCAAAAAACGCGCAAACAUGGCAUUCUUCAAAUACAUCUUUAGAUCGAUCAAUUGAUCGAUCGUUGCGUCCCAAAACUGAGGCAAACCGUCAACUAUUCUGCCUCCUCGAGAAUUCUUAUACGUCAGGGACGCAGGACACGGGGGUAACAAAACAUAGUCCACAUUGCCUUGCUGAUCGGUUGCUAAAAUCCAUUUUUUAUAAUUCCAAAAUAAGCUGUUUUUAACAAAAAAGGCGACGGCAAGAAAAACAACAACAAGCCAACAAACAAACAGACAGAUUAAAAAAAAAAUUAGGAGGUUUUUUUCGGAAGGCUUUCUCCAGUUUUUGGUAGCAGAAAAGUUUCCUUUUGAAAAUAAGAGGAAUCUUGAAUUGUUUCCUUCUGCCUUUUGUAGAUAAGCCUACAAUUCAAUGCAGGAUAUCGUGAAUAAAAUUUAAAAAAUUUAAAAAAAUUAAAUAAAUUUAUGAAGUUUAUUAUAAAUGCGAGAAGUCGAAGUGAAUCAAUGUUUUCCUUUAUGUAUGCGGGAUGUAUGCGCCAUAAUCAACCAGGCGUUCCGUUUCCACACCCUGAAAGGGCGUAGGUUUGUACUUUUAUUCUCGUUAUUUUCCCAUUUGUCCCGUCUGCAGACUUUCUUACACUUGAUACCUAGUUUUAAAGAUUCAGAUAUUCAAAGAUCCUUUAAAAUUCGAGUGAUUUGGAACGUAGAUAUGUCUGUUCCUCAAGCAAAUUAUAAUGGGUCUUCUCGUCUUGUGUUUUGGUUCCAACUUUGGAACAUCUGAUUUAAGAGAAUAAGAGAAUUAUUCAUUGCAAGGAAUCAUUGGCCAUGGGUUUUCGAAUAUUCUGGACCGCUUGCUAGUUUUUGCAGAAGUAAACUGGUCCCGUGUAAACAUAGUGUUAGAGAGUGUGUGAAAAUUUCUCGGAAUCGCACAAAACAGGAAUGGUACCACCUAUUAACUUCUACAAGACAAGAAUCAAAGACCCAGUCAUCAUAACAAGAAUAAGAAGUAGUUCAAAUUUAUUAAUUUUUCUUGUUUCGUGUUGACAGCACACAUGGCCUUCAUACAUCUGGUACUUUCUUUGCUCCCUGUCGUACCUGCGAGGUUAAAAGACAACCCAGAUUAUCAGUGUUCAAGGAGGAGAGAAAUACAUCGUUUACAGCUGAAAUUUGCCUCCUUUCUUUGUCUUUUUUUUAAACUGUGGAUGAACGUUUGGAGAAUCCAACAGUAAUAAAUCUUUCCAGAUCUGUUGAAUUUCAGAAACAAAGCGGUUAGUAUCUAGCGCUUAUGAUCACCAAUUUUAUCCCCGCAAAUUCGGCAAAGUGAGGCGAAAUGUUGGAAGUGAAUAUUCAUAAAUACCUUGAAAAGACUAAUACCUUAAAAGGAAAAAGGCAAAGGCUCAUAUUAAUGGGAAAAAAAAGUAAUAACACUGGCUCUCCCCCGUCUGCGUGAAACCCUGGAGUGGAACACGUGUUUUGACCUCGGAAUUCAAAGAUUGUCUACCAAAAUUCUAGGUUGUCCACCAUCCACAUAUUCAACAUGAUAUAAGUUAAUAGAUAUGACAAUCGAGGAAAAAUAACUAGAAUCUGGUAAAAAAUCUUUCAAUCCAUAAAAAAAAAUGUUUACCACGGUGGGGCCAAACCACUCCUCAAAUGUUUUAUAAAGGCUAAAUUAAGUAUCUUUUACAUUUCUUUUCAUUUCUUGACCAAACUUGCCAGAUAGACUACGAUUGUUGACCAGAUGAUAUUAAGUUUUUGUUUGACGCAAAAUGUCAAAUUGACGGCUGACGUCACCAAAAUGGGUUAAAUGCAGUUUUUACUUUCCAAGUCAAACUUAUAUCAUCUGACAGAGCUUUAGCCGGAAGAGAAGUAAAACAGCGAAAACCGUUUCUGGCGUCGACACGUAAAACCCGAGUUAUUUGAGUGCAUCCCCGGAACCAUACUAUUUUCCCUCCACUACACAACCGAACACACAAAACAGCACUUGGAGGUAUGGUCACGUCGGUCAGCCAGGCCCAAGAAACACUUUAUUAACUCACGUGAAAAAACUCCACUGUUACAGUAAUUCUAAGAACACGCCACAGUCGGACACGUAAACCCGAAAGAGCUAGCUAUUGAAAAAAUAGGGACCGUGUAACCCCAACUUAUGCUAUGGCGUCAGCUUUGGGGUUAUAAGGCAAAACAAAUAAAAUAAAGCCUAAUAACAUGAAUACGAGCAGAAAACGAGAUGCUACAUAAAAUAGCUAAGGAACAUUGGGACCAGUACAGAUCGGAACGAAAUUAAGGCUAACAGAAUAAGUGAAAACUAAAGUAAACAAAGCAAGUUGAAGCGGCGAGGCCGACCGUGGAAUGACACGCAUAACUAAACGGUCACUAUAUCAAACCCCCUAACCGCGAUCCCUCGCGCGUUACACUAGAACCCAGUCCUCCGGUCAGUGCCGGCAAAAUAAUAAUUUUAGUCAAUUCUAAUUUAAGCAAAUUAUAUUUUCCUUAAAAACGAUCCAUGUGAUAUUUUUUUCAAAGUUUUUUGCAAAAUAGGCUGAUUUUCUGGUAACACAAACCUUUUUUAUUUGGCAAAAUCGUAUCAUUUCAGAUUUUCGUUUUUUGACUCAAAAACACUAAUUUAAGCAAACCAAAAAAAUUGAUCAUGUGACAUGUGACGUUACAAAACUGUUUUCGUGGUUUUUGCCCAGUCAGGAAUUUCAUUUUUCAAAUUUUUCUUUUUCAUUUAGCUUUCAACAGAAAAGAUGUGUUGUGUGUAACUUAUCCCUCGGACGUACAAGCGGGGGUGGAUGCCAACCCCCAUACGGUUUUUCUGAGUUUUUUCCUAGAGGAUAAAACAUCAGCACCUAAUGUUUUUAGUAGCUGUUUGUUCAUCCCUCGCGCACAUUUUAAGUCAAGUCCAGUGAUGGUUAGUUGUUAUGGUUACGGGAUAUGACGCCAUAAGUAGCAGGUGGUCAAGGCAAUUGGGGGUGAAAAUACAUGUUUUUUCAAUUUCUUUCAACAUUAAAUGUAAAUCUUGUGGCUAAAAUCAUGCAAAGCGCUUAUUUAUGUGUUAUUUUUCAUGUAAAGCACAAAAAUUACCAUUUCUCGCGGUUUAAGCCUGAUUUCUAAUUCUUGAUAAAAUCCAAGUUGGUGGCUAAGAAGGCGACCAUUGUUGGUGAUGUCACAGGCCUCCAGCAGCGACACCACCCCUAAAAUAUACCUCAUCUUGUUAAGAAGAUCAAUGGCUUUCCACUAAAGGUAAAAUCGUUUCAAAAUACUUCAACAUAUCAAGAACUCUGGGGAGGGUUUCGUUCCCCCCUGGUACCACGGUGGGGUGUGAAUUUGCGCUGCAUCCGAGGGUUAAAUAGCAAGGGCGACUUGAACAAUGAACAUUUUUGAUGUAGACUUAUUUUACAAGGGAAUUUUUGUGCUACGAAUUUAUCCAAAUUCAAAAUGUCAUAUUUCAGCUCAUAUUUAGACAUUGGAUAAACUUUUCCAGCUUUCAACUUCCCGUCAAUAUUUCUAUCAAAAACAGUAUAAAAAAAUUGGGAGAUUUAAAAGUUUAAAAUUUACGUAUGAAUGACGUCAGCAAAUGUGACGUGAUAAUCUGACAUUUGGUGAAAUCCUAUAAACCAUUUUAAUUGGCCUGAAGUUUCGUAUUUUCAGGCCAAGUUUGGAAAAGAAAGAGUUAAAGCUUUCAAAGUUAUUCUAAAUUAACCAAAAUGGCUACGCUUUGAUAAUUCAUUUGAGGGGUGGUUUGGCCCCACCUUGUAUCUGCCAUGAAAACCGUGAAAAGUGUUCGAAGUGUGCCUGAGAAUCUCGAAACGGUGAACUCUGGUCGUUUUGUUAAUUGAUCCGCCAUUUUCCUCGAGAACAAUAGCUCCAUGACGUCACAACUGUCCUUAAAUGUAGGGAUUUUACGGACUGGUGACCACAUUUUUGCACUGAAGACUAAACCAACGGUCCGUAAAGCGGGCCGAAAGAAAAACUUGUCCAGGGACGUCUGAGGUCGAUAGUACUUGCAGUACUCUACCUGCUUCUUCGAAUUUCUUUUUGCGGCCGCUUAACGCUUUUCUAGAUUUUUUUCUAGAGUUGUCGGACCUUCCAGAAAAUGAAGGAGUUUUCUUAGCCCACAAGAAAGUUUUAUGACCAAAACACGGGCUAACACCAUACGGAAGUAAAGCUUACAAUUUGUAGAUGUUGUCUUCACAUAAUAAUAUGCAAUGCCAGCUGCCGUGACAAUUUGUGAACAAAAACCCAAGGAUUGUGCAGGGUCAGGCACCUUCAAACAUAAACUGCAGCACUAGCUGUCUUUUCAUCUUUGAUGUUUGCUGGCUUUCAUAACCAGUCUUUUAUCCACUAUGGUUUUACACGGAAAAAGCUUUAUAAGUUUUUAGAUCUCCGCAAAUUAUAGCCAAGUUAUGAAGAGGCUUUUUAGCAAUCAAUGGCUGUCAUUUGAUCAGUUUUGGAAGCAAGGACCAACCAGGGCCGUACAAAAAUGUAGCUACGUAAAAUUCAAAUAGGCCAUUUGCACGAUCUCGUCAUUUUACUACUACGACUAGAAUCCUUCAGGGUAUUGCUUUCUUGUGCAAAUUGGGGCUUUUGUUAUUUAAACCUCACUGGGACUACCAAAUUUAAAUAUGAAUGUUCCUUAGCAAAGAGACGUCUUCGUCCAAAUGCCCCAUUUGUAGGCUCCAAAAUGCCAUAUUCUAUCCCAGGAUUCUACUUAUACUACACUAGUUCCAGUCACUCUCUGUAAAUUAGAGUGAACCAGGGGCGUAGCCAGGAUUUUUUUCAGAGAUACGCACAAUUCUCCAAAUCACUUUGCACCCCCCCCCCGAAAAAAACUUUUCUUGAUUAAAGAUUUGGUUACGCUGUAAGCCUAACAGUUUUUUCUGUAUAUGAAAUGACAUUAGCAACUUAUGAAAUACUUUGUCGGGUGUUGGGGUCCAUUUACCGAUGCACGUCAAUGAUUUAUCAUAUAGCCUGUGUAGAGGGGGGUCUGUACACAGGCUACUAUCAUGCAAUAAGGCUCCAUACUUUUCUGGAUUCGUUACCUUAUUUUUUGAUACUGGGAUCGUUUCGUCGCUUUUAAGCAGAUGCAGCGUGCGCCAGCCUGUCCACAGGCCCUCUAUUUUCUUCUCGAAGUCCGUCGAGUGCGCGUGAUAAAAAAGGAAAAACCGCGGGGGAUUUGUUGACCGCCAGCGCAAGGUGGUAAGGGUAGGGGAAGAAGCUUUUUCGAAAAGAACGAAAAGAAAAAUAAAGUAACGUCUGUGUACGGGCUAAUACAGCGCGUGAAUCCUAAUUGAAAAGGUGCCGAUUUGGUCGGGUUUUGAAUCCGAAAUCUAAAGUGAAUCCGAUGCCUAGCAAACUCGCAAUGUUUUGUAGUGUAAACAAUUUGUCUAGCUUCUCCGGAUACUUUUCCGCAUUUGAUCAUACGAGUUUGCAGUAAAACCAAAAUGGAACUGUCACUUUCAUGAAUAUAGUUCAUUAUCCUUUUCUCUGACUUAUUGCAUUAAGGUAUGGCACGAGAUCCCGGUCGACGAAAACGACAAAGGACUCCAAGUUCUAAUUAUGUCCGAGAAAGGGAGGGAGGCAGGGCUGACCCUUUUCACUGACAAAAAGAUCUGUUUAAAAGAAAGUGAAGUUUGGCAAAAAGUUAUUUCAAGUAAAAUUAUUGUCACGCUUGUCACACAAGCUUUGCCGUCUUCUUUCCUCUCCCGUCGUGUUGCGUAAGUUCACUCGAACUGACAACUUUGCAUAUAUUAUUCAGGUUUAUAUAAUGCCUAAUACGUCAUCGCACGGGAUAAUGAAUCAGUUACAUGACUGUGAAUAGGAUGACUUAGCAACGACGACGGUGAGGGCCGGGAACGAAAACGCCCCUAGCCGACUAACAAAAUGAAAGCGCGGUUUUUUUUUAAAACUUGUUCGCGUUUAUUUCCUUCCACUCUCUUAACUCUCUUAAAAUGGCAAAUAUAGGUGAACUUCCCUAAGGAGUCUUGGGGAUCGCACCCAAGUUCGGACUCCAAACAACGUCGCAAAAGGAAAUUUUUUACGGUGGUGUUCAUACAGGUUGUAAAGGAAAGCGUGCUGGACGUUCAAAAUUUGUUGUUUUUUCAUUUAUUUAUUGGGCUCAUUGCCGUCGCCGUUGUAGCCUGCGUCGCGAGGAAACGCUUGCUACGCAGGCUAUCGCUGUCGCCUUCGUCGUUGCUCCCAGGAUUUAUCGAUGUGCGUAAACGGUUAGGAAUCUGAACACGGUUUUAGUAAAACCGCCUGCUAUCUGUUCGCUAGAUAUAUAUACAUGUAUGUUAUCGAAGAUUCGGCCCAUUACUCGAUGAUUUACUUCCUUUCUCGGGAAACCGACAUUUUGGUGGAGAGGGAAUAAAAAGGCCGUUGUUGUAGAAAAAAAUAUAUUUCAAAGAAACAACCAGAGGUGAAUGAAUUAAGGCAAACUGUGCUCUUUAAAUAAUUAUCUUUAGAUAUUUUGCUUUCCUUUUAGAAUUAAUUUUUUAUUUUUUAUUAUUUAUUCAUUAUGUAUCUGUUUUGUGCAUGACUUUUUCAAAACUUCCUUGAUUUAAGCAGAUGCAGCACAUGAAUCCGAAUUGGAAAGUUGCCGAUUUGGUCAAGUCUCGAUAGAUUUUGAAUCCGAAAACUAAAGUGAAUCCGAUGCCUCAUAAGUUCGCAAUGUUUUGUAGUGCAAACAAUUUGUCCAUCUUAUCCGAUACUUUUCGGAUUUGAUCAUACGAGCUUGCACGGCGAGGGCAACGAAAACCUCCCCAGCUAUCAAAAUGUAUGUGUUUUUUUCUUUCUUUCUUUCUUUGUUUUCUCGCUUUUCUUUCAUCUCUCUCAAAAUAGCAAAUAUAGGUGAACUUCCCUAUGGAGUCUUGUACGCACGUGCGUACCGUGCGUACAGGUAGCUACGCCUCUGUGAACCUUUCAAAUAGUACAUAUACACGCCAAUUUCGAUAGGGGUUUUUUGCUUCCUUAAGCUUACUAUUUGUACACACCGUGGGCCAACCAAUUUCUCGGCCAUGAAAAUGCUCACCACAGUCAAAAUAACUGAGUUUAAAGAAAGAAAUCUAUCCACAGACUUGAUUUGUCUGGCUCAACUGGUCCAAGGGGGCGGCUGCUCAUAUCAUAGCCCCCUCCCCCGCUAUAUACGGCUAUACCAACGUUACAAAAUAGAAGUACUGCAUCCUAAUAAAGGAUCUAAUCGGCUGUGAAUUCAAAUAUCUGAACAACGGAAAAAAUCAAGGCUGAUUUUACAGUAUUUUACAGUCGGGAAUGCAUACUUUUUGUGUUACCAGUCAAUGUUUCGAAAGCCGGGCACGGCCUUUCUUCUUCAGAGUCUGCAUUUACAAACCACUAGGUCAAGCUAAGACGUUACAAAAUAGUGUAAAUAAAUACAAAUGGAAGGAGGGUAUUACAUUUCAUCUUUUUUAUUAAUUCUGCGCAGUUGGAAAUUUCUUUUUUGAAAUAUUUUUUUCUUUUAGCUUUUGACAGUCAAGAUUUCUUAUAUGAAAAUUAAAUAGCAAGGAAAAUUUAACAAGAAAACAGUUAAAUUUAGACUGAAAUUGGAAACACGUGACAUGGCUCAAACCAGACCAAGAAUUUCCAGGCAUGAAUAUCUAUCGUAGAUUUCUCAUAGCCUGUUCCCAACGCCAAGAACAAAUAACAAUACGAUAGGGACCCUGAAAAUCAAUUCUAGCAUUUAAAACACCAUAACAUUAUUUUUUUUACUUUGUUCAGAAAUUCGGAACAAGGAGCAAUCAAUACCAUAAAAGUUUCAUAUGGGAAAAGCAAAUGUACAGUUCACCUGUGAGUGUUUUCUUUAAAUAUGUAAAGUGAAAAUUUUCCCCAGGCAAGCUGUUUUGCCUUUCUCAGUAUUAUGAGUGGUGCCUUUAUAUAAACCAGAUAUAGCCUACACGCACCGAAAAAUGAAAUGGGUAUCAGAACACGUUAUAAAGUCUGUGUUCGUGACGAUGCCUGUCAACCUUUGCAGUUUGUUUCAUAAGAUAAGAUAAACCCCACCUCAACAGAAAAUGCAUCAUUUCGCUAGGUCAGUGACGGUCAUGUUUAUUCCUCACCGCCUUUUCUGUUUCACUUUUUUCCUGAUUUUUUUCUUCAGAGGUCCAGGACAGGAUGAUACUGAACAGAUCGAUAUCUCAUAUUACAGUAAUUACUACUUUGCAAAAGAUUUAUUGCUCGCGUUCAGACAAUCUGGGUUCGCCAGUGCAAGUAAUGAGAGUGCAUACAAAUUACUUCCAUGUUCACUGGGUACGUUUGUUAAAGCCUCUGCUAAUGACCCCAAGUGCCUAGAGUGCCCAGCAGGUAAUUUUUUCUUAAUUUAUGAUAUGCGUGUUACACAUCUUAAUCGUAAAGACAAACACGUACAUUUAGAGAUCUCAGUCAUGAUUUUUUUCUUCGAAUGCUAAACAUGUACUUAUGUACCGUAAUAUGUUGCAAGGAGUGUCUUUGCUCUCUGAAAUAAUACUCAGAGUACAAAAGUCAACUAGUAGUGUAAGAAAGUUUCGAGAACAAAAUACAUAUACCAUCAACAUUGCAAUUUUAUUUUUUCAUGAAACUUAUUGCAACUGUAACACUUGCGGUAGCUUCUGAAUAAAGCCGUUAGACUGUUCUCACUUGCGCAAAAACGUAAAGCCUUUUCCAGUCAAUACCUGGCUGAAUGCAAGUGAUUGUGAUAAUGUGUGAGCAAACCCAUCAUAUGACAGGUUUUUUUUUUUGAGAAAAAAUAUACCGUGUCUUUUAGACCCCUCUUUUCUUCUUGUAAAAUGAAACAGUUAUACAAUGUGAAAGAAUUUUAUCAGCCAAAAUUUAUAUCAGCAAAAUAGCAAUUUUAUUAACAAGAAAGAAAUAUAUAAGACAUUCCUGACUGGAUUUGCUAAAAAAUGGCUAAAGAAAUUCCCAGUGCAUUUUAACAAUUUGACAUCUAAGGAAUGGAAAGCAGUUAAAAGUCACUAGCUGUGACUUAGCAAUGACCACUUUUUUUGCUGGCAACAGGUGGUAAAUUUCUCUCGCAGAAAUAACAGGGUUUUGCGAUGGACCUAACAACAUUUGAAACGUCGGAAAAGUGUUACAUUUUAUUUGGUGAAGCCGUGUGGCCCAUAGCUAAGUCUCUGCCGAAAACACUAGUCAAAAUUUAAGAUCCUCAAUCUUUGAGCUCAGAUUAGGCUUUCUAAGACAAAAUAACCUACCCUAAACACUCACGGCACAAAGAAUAAGGCGUUUUUAAUGAUGCCUUCCGGAAAACUUCGCUCAAGGCAGCCAAAAAAUAUCUGAGACAAAGCACUAUGAGAGCCGAGUUCAGUCUAAUACACGCGCUGAUUUCAAACUGACAUACAGAGUCGAGAAUUAUGGGAAGUUAUAAAAAGGUUUGGAGGGGUGGUUAAUAGCCAGUGAGAAACUCAUGACAGUCUAUCUACUCCAGCGUCAACUAUUCAGUACUAAAAUAUUCGGUAGAAAACAAAUAAAUGAAAGUGACAAUAACAAGACUCACAAGACUCGGUAAAGGUAUAUGAGAGAGAUUUCUAUAGCUAUGUUUUAGCAAAGCCAGUCACAUACACACUGCCUAUAUUUAGCAGUAUUCGAGGCACGCAGUGUGGGGACGCUACAUGAAAAGUUUGUGCGUACUGAUACAAAAAAAAAUGCAACUAAAUUAAGUAUAGAUACCAAAAAACAUUUUACAAGGAAAUAAGAGAGAUUUACAACAUAACGCGGAAAAAGAGAUAACUAGAACAAUAAUACGAAUAAACAAAUAAUUAGAAUAAAUAAAUAAAUAAAAUUAGAUUCAAUUUUUUAAUUUCAUUAAUAAAGGGCGUCUAUAUCAACGUAACUAUCCUGUCUUUGAAGCUCGAGUAAUAAGGAAUUGUCUAUGUUUUUCCUUAAAGCAUGAGCUGAAGGGGAUCGGGUGUUAUGGUAGUGAACAUGUCAGUGAUUUGUAAAAGUAAAAUAUAUUAGCCAGUUGAAAUCGGGGGACUGCGCGGGUAGCUUAGGAUGAUUUUUUAAACAUAUUUCUUUUAGGCUACUGACACUACAUUACUUCUUUUUAGUCGUCCGUUGAUAUAAUAAAGUUUGGGCGUCUACAGACUGUUGGUCAAUACAAAAAUGUACAAACGGAAGGCCGCUCUUCUAAGGAUUUGAAUCAGUCUCCUCUUUAAAAACUUUCCUGAUCAUCGCGCUGUCCUUUUGUACUGAUCCAUAUUUUUUGUUAUUUCUUGUUCAUUCAGGAGGUUUCUACUCAGACACGCGAGCUUAUGUAAAUAACAGCUGUCGGCGCUGCGAAAAUGGAACUUUUGUCCACUACUCAAAAGCCCCAGGAAAAAGCCCAUUUGACUGCAAGUCCUGUCCACAAGGUAUUCUAACGCCACAGUGUAGUUGUAUCAGCCUGAGAUACUCUGUGGGAAAUUUGCCAGUUCAUUAUGAAUGGCGCCUAACGUGAAAAUCCAUUUUAUAAUUUAAUAGUCUAUUAACUUAAUUAUUUGUAGUCUGCUUGACGACACUAAAAACGGCUGUGUAGCAGACUAAAUUAUUUGAGGCAGUGACAGAGCUUUUUUGAAUGUUUCCAUAGAAACUAUUACAGCUUUUUCUAGAGAAUGUUUUGGGAAAACUUAAGGAACGUGAUGGGUGAAGUAAUUAAAAUAAUUACGCUGAACUCUUUUCAAAUGGUUACUGUCAGAAUCUAUGAUCCACCUUACUGUACUCUCAAGGUCAUGUUUUUAAGUUGUGGAAGAAGAAAUACUGCUGGUUGCUAUGGCUACCAGUUUAUUGACUGGGGGAGUUGGACUUUAAAAAGAUAAAAGGAGUGAACAAAGAAAAAACAAAGAUAAAUACUGCAAUCAAAGUCCACUGUUGUAUAAUCCAAUUGUGAGCAAAGGAAAGAAAUAAAUAAGUGUAACUAGAUAUGUAAUCCCGCUUGAUAAUUCCUUUUUUUCCUUCGAGUUACGCCGGAAGCAGGGAUAAUGCAAACGCUCGACUUCUACAAUUGACACUCCACUCAAAGUAAAUUAACUAUUCAUAGAGGGUUUAAACGUGAUCGUCUUCAUUCGCAUCUUUGAAAUAGAGAAUGAAAGGAUUCGUUUAGUUGCCGAGGUUAACUGCGAAUGCAUCCUUGACUGGUCAAUGCAGCUGAGUCAAUAGAAAGCAAGGCAAAAUUGCCAUAUUCGACUACUAGGCUUGUGUACUUAUAAUGAUAAACGAUUCUUUAAGUUAUUCUUAUUCUUAUUCUUCUUCUUCCUCUACUUCUCUUCUAUUCUUUUUCUUCUUUUACUUACAAGGCCCUAAAGUCAAGACAACUGCUCGCUAUUGUCAUCUCCUCAGCUUUGCCUUUAAACGUUAUCAUCGCGUUUAGCUGCAGUGGCUUGAUCAACCUCUGUCCGCAAUAAAGCACAUCUGAUUUCAUUAAGUUUUCUUGCCCAAAUAAAUCCAACCACUCUAUGACUGAAAAGCUUUUUCUUGUGGCAUAAAUGUGUGUCAGUAGCAUCUCUGGCAUUUUCAUGUUUGCAUUGUUGUCAAUACGUGGAAACCUUACUAUUCCCUGAUGAUCCUUAUGCGAGCAUUCCACAAACCUCUGCCUCUACGAAUUGGACCUGAAAUUCCCAUUACGAGUACGGUGACUUUCACAGUGAACCUCCUCCUAGCUGUCGCAAUCAAGAUAAUUUGUAGUUGCUCCUCUCAACCCCUUUACCUUAAAGCUGCGGUAUUGACUCUCUCGCGCUUGACUUGACAUAACUACUAGAUUUGUCAUCCCAACUUUUUUGUUGUCGUCAUGUGUCUUUUCUGAAGCAGGUGUGUCAAAAGUAAUUACAAAAAUAACUCGUUUACCCCUAACCGUGGCAAAAAAAAAAAAAAAAAAAAAACAAGUUCUCAAAAGUAUUUUUUCUGUAAAAUCCGUGAAACUAUUGAGUACUCUGGGAAAGGUUUCAUUUCAAUGGAAAUUCCUUAGGAUGUUGUCACAGUGUUGAGCGGCUCUUUAGGUCCAGAACAAACUUUCAUAAUGUUAUGAAGCAAACUACAUGCAAUAGGACAGGCGUUCAAAAUAUGGCGGAAUUUUUUAAAAUUUAUUUCAGUCAAAAAAUAAAUUUAAAUUUGGCUAAAUGUCGGUGCAGAUGAAACGAAACGCAAGAGAAAUCCGCAACUUAUGACUUUUAUUCAAAUCAGCGUAAUUUAAUUUCCAUUAACUUGACAUUCUUGUUCAUCGGCCACUGAGAACAAGCAAUGAACUUUCGUUGCAUGGCUAAAAAAGAUAGGACGAGUCGCGUUACUACCAAGCGUAAUUCGUUCCUCAAAUUGUUUGAAAUGGUGGCCAGAAUCAUUUUGUGGUUAUAUAAGACGUCUAACAUGGACAAAGUACGUACGAGCUUCAAAUUCUUCCUAAACGAGAUUGCCGCUCAUCGAAACCUGACAAUUCUAAGCUAUUCGCGGCUGUCCUGUUAGUAGGGAAGAGAUCUCCUGACCAUGAUCUUCAGCACCAAACCCUUGCAGUUUUGGGACUGCUAACAGCUAAGCCGAGCAGAAAAUCAUGUUAGUUAGUUAGUUUUUCCCCUUUGUUUCUCCUUUGUUUCUCCUCGUUCUAAACGCUAUUCAAAGCAAAGUUAAGAUUCAUGUGCACGUAGCGCUGAUCAGUUGUGCAACUUAUCCCAAAAGUUCCAGUUUCCUCAAAAAGGACCAUGUACAACCUUAACUUAUUUAAAACUUAUUUAAAACUUAUGAAAAUAUAUUAUUUUAUUCUAACUUGACUGUAAGAGGAUUGCUUUUGUGCACACUCUAUUUACUUUAACUCCUUCAUGAUUUGAAAAUGGCAAAUUUUCCUCUCAUAUAAAUACUUCUAGUGCCUGUACUCUUAGUGAUGAUACAAUCAGCAGUUAUUGCAACAGUUAAAGACGCGUGCAAUACCAAGACUAGAAAAUGACGCCAGAUUCCUCAUAAUCCAUGUGGCUUUAUUCCCCGAAACUCGAGCUCAAUACAGGCGUAUGGUUUCAAUUAUUCAGAGUAAAUGACUUGCAAUGCCUCUUCUCAAACCAUACAGGAAUGCACCAGUGUCUUUUUUUGCAUUUGAUUGCACGAGUGCACAUAAACUGCAAACAGUUCUAAAAUAUCUUUACGACAGGGGCUAUUCCUCACUUUAGAGGCACCUAUAAAACUAUCUUACGUACCCUUUAACCUUACAACAUCCCCGUUGCACAUAAAACAAUAAGUGGGGACGGAGACAAACCGGAGGAAAGACAGUGAUCAUUCAGUGAUCACAUCAUUCUUGUCCAAAAUCUACACGGUUUUUUUUACUGCGUAUACCAUCAACGAAGACGUCAGAGAUGGUGAGAAAAUGAAGAAACUGAUACGGAUCUGUACUCCUUUUUUAAUUUCAUUUAUUUGCUUUUUACACACAGGCAUUACAUAAACAUAGAUACUUAAUACAAAAAAAACAAAACUAAUUAACAAAUAGAUAGUAAGGUUGCUAGACAGAAUAUGCGUACAGUACAUGUUUCUUUUUUACUUGGAAUCUGUUCAUAUUGGAUUUUUCUUUUAAAAGCAGGAGAAAAAAGGAGAGUUCACUCUUUUCUUUCAAAUUUUUCUCCUUUCCUUUAAUAAUUGAAAUUUGUUUUUCAGUUUGAAUGUUGUCUUUAACUUGAUAAACAUAUUCUACAAUAGAUGGUUCUGAACUUUAGUAUUUGUAACUAAAGAUAUAAAUCCCAGAGUACACAAUGACUAGCUAAAAUAUCUCUAUCUAAAACGCCAGAGGCUUCCAACAAAUCGAUUCAAACCAAGAAAUCUUUUCAAGCUCUUGUCACGGGACAACCCCAAAAGAAGUGAAUAAGCGUUUCUUGGGUUCCUUGACAAAAGAGAACAGAGAUCGUUAUCUGCUGCUUGAAUCUUAAAAAAUACUCCUUUCUUGAGGGGUUCGUUCCCAUUUUUUCUGACGUGUGAUCGGUCUUUAAAACUAACGGUUAUUACUACGAUGUUAGAGUUAUCGAUAAAAAAUGAACACUCACAUCUAGUCUUAGCUAGUCUUCAUUUAUUCGAAAGUUCAUAGCUAACAACAUCACGGCUUAACUAACAGGAAGACCAAGAACUUCGCGACUUAAUUGAACAAUCAGGACAAUAAAAAAUAAUUAUAGCAUUAACUGAAGUGAUAAAAUUAGCACAAUCUUUGUGAUGAUGCCUACCGUACAGGGUGUCGAAACAUUAUGUCGCCCUUAUCUGCCAGUCCUAUUCAGGACUAUACUCAUCCCGAAAAGCAUAUUACAACUUGUUAUGGCAGUAAUCCUGCGUUCAAACCAUGUACUAAGAAGUAAUACAGGUAUCAGAGGUCAUAAAAAUCUCGGCUAUGUCAAAACGUUUAGCACCCUACGUUCGACGGUAUGACAACGUUUGUCUUACUUUUAUUUAAACAUUUCCGCUAAAAUUCCAAAAAUAUUUAGAAAAUACACCCAUUUUUGUCAUGUUUACGUGUCAAGCACCAAUAAGUAAUAACCUAACCUCCACCUCGAGAAAUCGGCUAUUUCAAUCUGAUUGAGCCAGAGAAAUAGGACUAAAGAAAACAUUUAAUGGAAAGUAACGAAGAAAGUUAUAUAUCAAGAUGUGAAACAGCUUUAUAUUAUGUUAAACGUUGGUCUUGCUAAUUAUUAUACCUGGUAUCAAUUGGAUACAAAGUUUGCAUUUGUGAUUUACCGUGUUUGUGCGUGAAUGUUCUAUUCAAUUUAACUGUCAUGGGAAUUUAUGGUUGUGAGGCACCAUGGUUUAAUUUUUUGGCGUUACGUACACAUGCAUAACAGCAACCUGAAAUUUUACCAGCAAAGUCUCUGAUUUUAUUGUGAGUUAACGUACACCCUUCCCAGAUCGUAAAAUAUUAGUCCCAGGGAGGAAGCUUUUAAGGGAAGUAUGAAUUCUUCAUAUGAGGCUGUUUAUGAAGGACCACUAUGUGCAGUUUGCGUGAUGGAUGCUAUAAACAACUGAAAAAUGCAAGCUGUGUCCAACAAAACCAAAAAACGGAUGACAGGGCAGCUUGCAGUUUUAGGAGCAAUAGUUGUAUUACUGUCUGUUUUCAAUUGAAAGCUGGAAAAAUUAUAAUUAUAAUUAACAGCUAAAGAAGCCUUGACUGUGCUCUGUUCGGUUUUAAAGCAAUCAAGAAGCGGCUAGAGCACGAAAGAAGUGUAGGCUGGGGGAAAUAAGAGACGUAGUCGAGUGUUUCUCCCUACUUCUUGAGUGCUCUAGCCGCUACCUAAGUGACCUAAGUGCUUUACAACAGAACAGAGCACAGUCAUAAGGCUUCUUUAUUUGUUUUGUGAUUAAAAAAAAAAACCGUUAAAAUCCCCAACGCAUUGCUUUCUAAUUUUCAAAACAAACUUUAUUUUCAAAGCGAACCAGAGUGUCGUCAGCAUGUUCUACACCCUCAUAAAUUACGCUUUAUUAGCCAAUCACAAUCCUGAUUAGUUGAAUGAGACAAAAGCUAUCAAAAUAUCAAAGCUAUCACAAAGUAAAACGAGCGAAACGUUCAGCGAAUUUGAAUGCUAAAGAAAUGUGCUUUCCACUUUCAAAAAUCAGUUUCUAAAGGUAAAAAGUGUUUUUGUGGCCCAUGAAAACCUGGCCGUCAUUAACAUGGCAUAUUUGAAAACAAACUGCUUCAGCUUCGUAUCGAAAACUGCCCAAAAACUGAACCUGAAAGUAAAAUUUUAUAAAAUUCUCCGUCUUUGCACAAGUGAUGGUACCUGUAGUCUCGCGAUCGUGUUUCAAGCUGAUAUUAUGAAUGAUAAAACUCAAAACAAUAGACAGAAAAAUUACUUCUUGAAAUUUUUUUUAUUCGAAGACUAAGAGGUUAAUCCUUAGAAGCAAGAAAAAUCGGAUGAGCACAUCACAAAAUUCAAUACAAAAUCCAUCGCAAAUCCGGAUGCAGUUUGUAAUUUUUCUUUAUCGCCAAUGACAAUUACAGAAUGUUUGUCAGGGGCGUAGCCAGGAUUUUUUCAGAGAUACGCACAAUUCUCCAAAUCACUUUGCACCCCCCCCCCCCCCCCAAAAAAAAGACUUUUCUUGAUUUAAGAUUUGGUUACGUUGUAAGCCUAACAGUUUUUUUCUGUAUAUGAAAUGACAUAAGCAACUUAUGAAAUACUUUGUCGGGUGUUUGGGUCCAUUUACUGAUGCACGUCAAUCAUUUAUCAUAUAGCCUGUGUAGAGGGGGGUCUGUGCACAGGCUACUAUCAUGCAAUAAGGCUCCAUACUUUUCUGGAUUCGUUACUCGUCGUUUUUAAGCAGAAGCAGCGCGCGCCAGCCUGUCCACAGGCCCUCUAUUUUCUUUUCGAAGUCCGUCGAGCGCGCGUGAUAAAAAAGGAAAAACCGAGGGGGAUUUGUUGACCGCCAGCCCAAGGUGGUAGGAGUGGGGGAAGAAGAUUUUUUGAAAAGAACGAAAAGAAAAAUCAAGCAACGUCUGUGUACAGGCUAAUGCAGCGCGUGAAUCCUAAUUGAAAAGGUGCCGAUUUCGUCAGGUCUCUAUGGAUUUUGAAUCCGAAAUCUAAAGUGAAUCCGAUGCCUAGUAAACUCCCAAUGUUUUGUAGUGUAAACAAUUUGUCUAGCUUAUCCGGAUACUUUUCGCAUUUGAUCAUACGAGUUUGCAGUAAAACCAAAAGGGAACUGUCACUUUCAUGAAUAUAGUUCAUUAUCCCUUUCUCUGACUUAUUGCAUUAAGCUAUGGGACGAGGAAAACGACAAAGGACUCCAAGUUCUAAUUAUGUCCGAGAAAGGGAGGGAGGCAGGGCUGACCCUUUUCACUGACACUCUUUGCGAACUGACAACUUUGCAUAUAUUAUUCAGGUAUAUAUAAUGCCUAAUACGUCAUCGCACGGGAUAAUGAAUCAGUUACAUGACUCAUUGUUUUUUUUUUUUUAACUUGUUCGCGUUUAUUUCCUUCCACUCUCUUAACUCUCUUAAAUGGCAAAUAUAGGUGAACUUCCCCACGGAGUCUUGGGGAUCGCACCCAAGUUCGGACUCCAAACAGCGUCGCAAAAGGAAAUUUUUUACGGUGGUGUUCAUACAGGUUGUAAAGGAAAGCGUGCUGGACGUUCAAAAUUUGUUGUUUUUUCAUUUAUUUAUUGGGCUCAUUGCCGUCGCCGUCGUAGCCUGGGUCGCGAGGAAACGCUUGCUACGCAGGCUAUCGCUGUCGCCUUCGUCGUUGCUCCCAGGAUUUAUCGAUGUGCGUAAACGGUUAGGAAUCCGAACACGGUUUUAGUAAAACCGCCUGCUAUCUGUUCACUAGAUAUAUAUACAUGUAUGUUAUCCAAGAUUCGGUCCAUUACUCGAUGAUUUACUUCCUUCCUCGGGAAACGGGCAUUUGGGUGGAGAGGGAAUAAAAAGGCCGUUGUUGUAGAAAAAAAUAUAUUUCAAAGAAACAACCAGAGGUGAAUGAAUUAAGGCAAACUGUGCUCUUUAAAUAAUUAUCUUUAGAUAUUUUGCUUUCCUUUUAGAAUUAAUUUUUUAUUUUUUAUUAUUUAUUCAUUAUAUAUCUGUUUUGUGCACGACUUUUUCAAAACUUCCUUGAUUUAAGCAGAUGCAGCACACGAAUCCGAAUUGGAAAGUUGCCGAUUUGGUCAAGUCUCGAUAGAUUUUGAAUCCGAAAACUAAAGUGAAUCCAAUGCCUCAUAAUUUCGCAAUGUUUUGUAGUGCAAACAAUUUGUCCAACUUAUCCGAUACUUUUCGGAUUUGUUCAUACGAGCUUGCACGGCGAGGGCAACGAAAACCUCCCCAGCUAUCAAAAUGUAUGUGUUUUUUUCUUUCUUUCUUUCUUUCUUUCUUUGUUUUCCUCGCUUUUCUUUCAUCUCUCUCAAAAUAGCAAAUAUAGGUGAACUUCCCUAUGGAGUCUUGUACGCACGUGCGUACCGUGCGUACAGGUAGCUACGCCUCUGUUUGUAAAACAUUUAGACAAAUAUAAAUUUCCCUCUUGACCAUGAGUACAAUAUACCUGAAGUCUUCGCUGCCUUGGUUUCAAAACAGGACAUUUUGCGCUCCGCCGCGAAGAAAACAUCGUUGAAUUGGUCGAACCACCAUUUCGUAACCAAAAGCUCUCCUUAGUCCACACCAAAAACAACUGAACAUUCAUUUGAACUUUCCCUUUCAAUUUGUGUCUUUUAACGGUGUAUGUUUUACCCAGAAAUGUGGUCUGAAAACCCACCGCAGCAUGAUGGGAUUCACGGAUACCACGACGGCUUUACAGUCAAGCCAAGUCAAGCGUACCCCCAAGAUUCCAUUAAUCAAAAGUUGAAUCCUUUGGUAGAUGUGGAUUUCAGAUUUAUCUUUUCAUUGUUGCUUGCGUAAUGAGCCGUGAAUUCACACGCGAGGCAGGUACGAAAUUUCUACCAGCUCAGUUUCUCUGAAUUUGAUGUAAAUUUAUUUUAAUCCAUUCAAAGAUUUUCAAUCUGACCAAAUACAGAGAAGUUCUUGUACAAUAUUCACUGCUCAUUGCGCAUGCAGGAAUGCUGAUUUGAAUUUGACACUAGUUUCUGGAACGACUAAAGGAUUCAUUUUUCAAAUAAGUAAUUCAUUAAUAGAAUCUUGAGGGGUACGCUUGACCUGCCUUGACUGUAAGGUGAUUUUACAUGAGACGAUUCGCAACAACGAUUUUUCGCGCAACACAGCGUUGCAACAUUGUUGCAACAUUGUUUCGAAUAGUUACAAUAUUGUUCCAACAUUGCAACACUGUGUUGAGCUAAAAAUCGUGGUUGCGAAUCGUCCCGUGUAACAUCACCUUUAGUUCCGUGCUUUAUACUCUCAUGAAGCAUGCUUUUUCAACCAAUCAGAGUGUACGUUACAUCUGAACUUUAUUCUAACUAUCGGGUAAUUUUUGUUAUCAUGGAGACCUUAUACUAAAAAUUCAGAUGGGUCUCCGUUGGUGCGGGAACUAUUUGGAGAGAGUUCAGCUGAUAGUCCCUUCGUUCCCCCUAAAAUGUAUAGUCCCCACCUUAAACGCUUCCGGAAGGGAAUAAAAAGAAACUUUCACAUCCAUAUUUGAUCUCCUCUGUUCUUUCUAUCGUAUUAAUUUCUUUGCAAUAACCCCAGUUCACCGCGAACGGAGAAAGAUAUUACUAAUUAUUAUAUAGAUAGUGAUGAAAUACCAGGAUUUGUCCUUUUACUAAAACAUCAUAUCUUCAUCGCGCGCAGUGAAGAUACUAUUUUUAUCUUUCACGUGUGAGGAUAUUGGUGUCGCCAUGAAUACUAACACAAUUUGGACUUUUUGGAACAGAAAAUAUAAGUAUUAUUGUCUUUAUUUCUCCUUUAUAACUUUAUAUCCCAGUUUCAUAACAUUGUUGUGACAGGCAUUUGCGAUAGGUGACCACUUUAAUUGCAAUAUUUUGCCGUUUCGAAAAUGAAUAAAAAAAGUUGUGUUUUAUGUAGGAAUUUCAUCAGUGUCUAUAAAAUAAACAGAACAUUACAUGGUCGCUUGGGGAUACGAAUUUUAUCUUCUCGUGCUAAAACUCGUAUCCCCGCGCGGCCAUGUAAUAUCCUCUAUAUCAUCGUUAUCACUGACAGUAUUCUAUAUCGGUAAACGAGCCUUCGUUGUCAAAAUCAAAAAUUCGGAAGAGCGAAUGUGCAAAUUUUCUUAGUGAGUAAGAAGGAGAUGAUUAUGUGUGGUUUAUCUUUAAGACUUAGUUAAUAACGAUUUUAAGACAUGCAUUGUUCUAAAAAAAAAAAAAAGAAAACAACAAUAAAUAAACAAACGUUUCACUUGUUUGGUGGAAACGCUAUUUCACCUUGUUACUUUAUAUACAUGUAAGUAUCUCCCGUCACCAAAGAAUAAUUUAUAUGUUUUUAAUAACAAAAUUGAACGGAUUAGUUACGAUAUUUUGUAACAAAUGUUCGAUUUCCUAUUUUUACAGGUACUGAAUCAUAUGAAUUUGCAGGGUUUCGGGCUUGUAAGUGCUUGGAUAAUUACUACCGAACGAAUUUGUUUGGGGAAUGUACACUAUGUGAGAGGAAUGGCGGACUAAAAUGUCGGGAUGACUUUGCGAAUCUUACAGCUGGCUUUUGGUGGAAGUGGGAACAUAAGACACACCCAGAACUGUACAGAAACUUCAUUAAAAACGUAACAAAUUUCUCCUUUACUCCUGAAUUACACAGAGUAAAUGAUUCCGGUAUUGAAUACCCGUACACCAUACCUCAACCGUACAGAUGUCCCAUAACAGAAGCUUGUAAGGGAGGUUUGAAUUCUUCAUGUGAGCCUGGUUAUGAAGGACCGCUAUGUGCAGUUUGCAGUGAUGGAUAUCACAAAAAACUGAAGAAAUGCAAGUUGUGCCCAACAAAAGGAUGGAUGAUCGGACAGCUUGUAAUUAUUGGGGCAUUAAUUAUCAUACUGGUUAUACUUGUGGUGUGGAGAAGCAAGAAAAAGAACAAAAAAGACGCUGGACGAUCUUUCCUUGACAAGGUCCUCGGAGAGAUUAAAAUUGUUAUUGGUUUUUAUCAGGUGCUGUUUGGUAUCAUGGAGGCGUUUUCAUACAUAAAAUGGCCUGGAAGUCUUUCCGUUAUUGGGGAAUAUUCAGAUAUUAUUCAGAUGAACAUUCUUCAGAUAGCUCCCCUCCACUGCAUCUUUCCUGACUUGGAAUUUGACGCACUCACAAGUUUAUUUGCAGUUAUGGGAUUGAAUAUUGCAGCAGUCAUCGUCGCCCUUGCUAGCCUUGCCCUUGCCACUUGGAUAUCGACACGACAUAUGUCGAAUGAAGAAGAAAAAAUGAAGAUAAAGGAGCGCAUUAAAGCGAUAGUAAAGAGAAAUCUGUUUUUCUUUCUUUUCGUGACCUAUCUGAACACUUGCCUAAAAACAGCUCAAGUCUUACCUCUUGCCUGCCAUAGACUCUGCGUUGACCCCAAAAAAGAUGAAAGCUGCGAGGAGUAUUUGAAGGCCGACUACAGCAUUAACUGCAAAGGAGAGAGGUAUAACCGAUUAGUCAUCGUAGGAUACUGUUCCAUUGUGUAUGUGAUUGCUUUGCCUGCUGCUGCUUUUACAGCAAUUUGGAAAAGGAAAAGAGCUGAAAAGAAAAAUGAAUCAAGCGACACAAAUGGUUCGGAAGACCAAAGUACCGUGCAAACGGGGCUUCGUUUUUUGCACGAAAACUACAACCCUCGGUGUUGGUAUUGGGAGCUGGUGGAAACAUUUCGAAAGGUUAUUUUAACCUCUGGAUUGAUCCUUUUGGGUGGGGAAAGCAGAGCUUACAUUGGCCUAGCUUUGGUUUUUUCUGGUCUGUAUGGUAUCUAUUUCGCGUGGAAAAGCCCAAUAAAAGAGCCAUUCGAAAACAAGCUUAUGCUAUCUUCACUUGCCGUUACCUUCGUAAACCUUGCAAUAGGAGCCGUGAGUUCAAUGCCGAGUGAACGUUUUGAGUCAUCAGUCGACCCAAUCCUGGAUAACCUGCUGUUCAAUGGCUUGGUCUUUGUUGCCAAUUCCUUGGUUAUUGGACUCCUUGUUGGUAAGUUAUGAAAAUUCAUUGUAUUUGUCUGUCCGAAAACCCUUAUAUGUUACAGGCAGGCUGAUACCUUAACUUGGGCACCAAGAUUUAUUGUUCAAAGUUCUUGCAAUAAAAGUUGUAUAGAUUACUUCAUAGUUAAUAAUUAAAAAGCGCACACGAUUUUUAUUCACAAGUUCAUUACAAGUGAAUAGAUAUCGUACGAAUUAACCAUAAUCUUGACGUAUUUUUUUUCAUUCUUUUACCAUUUUUUAUCUUUUUUUUACUUUGAUCAAAAUCAAAUCACCGUGGGAAAGUUUAUUAGUAUUUCCUUAAUCAAUAUUAAAUCAUUAUUGUACUUGUUAUAAAAUAAUAUAGAAACAUGCAGCCAUGAAACAAAUAUUUAUCAUAGAUGAGGCUCCUUCUCGGGAGUCGACAUUCAUAACAAUUCUUGGAUCAAUUUAGGUUUCCGGGAAACUGCCCACCUACCCCUCCCCUAAGCUAACAUUAACAGUGACUUCUCACUUUGGGCAAAAUGAUGGCUUAGGGGAGGGGUAGGUGGGCAGUUCUCCCAGAAACCUAAAUUGAUCCCAAUUCUUUACCAUACGGCAUUUUUAUCUUCUCCUCUUAAAGAUCAAGGAAAGAGUUUUCGUUAGGUUUAUUUCCUUUUCUUUUAAGUUUUAGAUACAUUUGUUUUUUGCUCUAAAGCUUUUCGUGUCUGUUCAAGCUUAGCGUCUUUCGCAAUGCUGAAACUGGAAUUAUUCGUCUUUAAAUACCGUUCAAAACUGGCCAUUAAGAUGACGUAAAGGACUGGCCUCAUAGUCAUCUCACACAUACAGCUCCUUCGGGGCAAUUUCUUUCCUUGACUCGUUAAUCGUCGUUUAAAUCGAUUUUCUUUGUGUGUGUGUGUGUGUGUGUGUGUUUUUUUUCUCGUUUUCGUGGCUCUCGGUAAAUUUCUUGAUUGAUUCUAAUGUCUAUAAACCCUGCAGAACUUUUCAGAACUUUUUCACUUUUGGCAAGUGUACGCACCAAAAAGCAGGAAACAAUACAAUUUUUGCCACUUAAGUGAACAAAUCCGUUUGAGGCCUGUGAUUGGUCAUAAGAUAUAUGUAGAAAGAACUGAUUUUUUUUGCUAACCUGGUUUUCAAAAAUCCAGGUAGUAGAUAUAUAAAUUUAGUAUAUACUAAAACAGUGGAUAGUGUUUUUCGCGCGCUCUGAUUGGCAUUCAAUCAGUGAAUAUCCUGCACUAGUCACUGAUUCACCUCCAGUUCCUCCGACCGAGAGUCGUCAAACUCGCAUACUUGCGAGCAAAAUGCCUUCCGGGUUUCCUGCCGUAACAAACAAAGAAAUUUCACAAAUAAUCAAGCGAGCUGUUCCCGAAAUACACAAAGAAGGAGACGAAGUUUGGUUUGGGCGUUUUAACAGGUCAUGCUUUGUCUUAGUUCGACUUGAAUUUAUCGAUGAAACCGGUGGAAAAGUUUUUUGUUUACAAAUGCGAAGACUUGCCUGAUUACUUCAUUUAGUUGACUUGUUAAUAAAUAAGCUCAAAACUAAAUUUAAUAAUCUUUUUUUACAGAAUGAUUUUAAAUACCAAACGAAUACACGACUCCUUUUGAAGAAAUUUCCCCGCAAGAUCUAAACAAAUGCCCUUAAAAGUUUUAUUUGUCGGCAAGAUAAAGCGACGGCCGCGGCCGUUCUGUCAUUGCGCGCCAAAUUUGUAAUCGUUCGCAACAGUAAAUGAGUUAAAAAUCAUCAUUUUUGUGCUCAAUUAUGUCACUGUUUUAGUAUAUGCUAAAACAAUUAUUCACCUCAGUGUCGGUGGCUAGUAAACCGUGUCUCGGUAAAUAGUCACCACUUGCUACCGACACUGAGGUGAAUAAUUGUUAUAUAAUUUUUUUUUACCAGUGAGCAAAUUGCAUGACCAAUCAGAUUGUUUUUUGUUUCUGACGAACCAGCUUUGUUUAGAGUAAAUCAUUAAUUACAUAAUGAAUCUCUAUGGUUUUUGAAAAAAAAAACAAUGUAUUAUUACGCUUGACCUGAACAAGAAAAAAGCUUAAGAGCACGGUCAGGAAAUAUCUAGCAUUGAGUGGCAAGAGUUGAAAAAUCGAUUCCUUUAUUCUUUUUUCCAUAUACAGCUUUUAGGUAGAUAAGAAACGUGCUGUAAAUUGUUUUCACCAAUAAGCCUUUUAUUUGCCACAAAAAUUAAAAUAUCGGUUUUCAAGUCUCAAAAUGGUCCAUUUUUUUUUUAACUAAAAUUCGCUAACAUCAACUUUACUCGCGUUCGCAACCAAAGCCGCAUGAACAAAUUUGGACACUUCCCAUAACAGAACAAUUUUUUUUUCACUGUUAGAGUAACUUUCAGGGAAAUAGCGAGAUUUAUCGAACUAAAAUAAUUCAAAAAAGAAGAAUAGGUUUUCACGAUAGCCAAAGCUUAACCCUCGGACGUACACGCACACGUACCCCCACUGUGUUAAAAGGGGGAGGGGGGUGCCUUGAUGGAACCCAUCUUCUGAGUUUUUGAUAUGUCGCAGUAUUUCGAAACGAAGCCUUCAAUGAAAAGCCUUUGAAGGUGAGGUAUAUUUUAUGAGGCCUGUGGCGUCACCAAACAUGGCUGCCAUCUCGGCCACCAUCUUGGAUUUUAUCAAGAAUUAGAAAUCAAGUAAAACCCGCUAGAAUUGAUAAUUUUGUUGUGCUUAAGAGCGCCUGUCCGUAAAAAUCAAACAUAUCGCGGCAAAGGUGGAAAAUUCGAUUUCUUUCAUAUUUUAAUGUUAGAUAGGCUAGGGUAUAACUAAAAUCACUGUAUUGAUUUUUCGGUGAAAUAUCCUUUUAUUUCAGAGAUAAUUCCAAAUAUCCAAAAUCCGUUAAAAUCGCCAUUUGAGGCGCUCAAUUAUUACAUGGGUUGGAAAGCCUAGAAUGCAAAAACCGAUUUCACUACCGCCUUUUAAACAUCACAGCCUUCUUUUACAACUUCUAAAUAUCUGUUAAAAUGAUUUGGGGGAAUAGUGCUCUCUUCUUUGUAUACAAAAUAAUUUAAUUUCGAAGGCAUACAAUUUCCUUCAGUAAAAGUAAUGAGUGAAAAAACAUAAUUUUUACCAUGUGCGAAACCUUCAAAUCGAUUAAGCUGCUGGUGGUUGAAUGUCAGAAGGAUGGUCUACAGAUUCCUGUAAAAAUUUCUUUGGGAAAAGGAUUACUAGCGACGAGAGAGCUUUACAAAAUCUGUUAAAAAUGCAGAUGUUUGACCUUCCGCGGUCAACUUUGAAGUUGCGAGUCGGACAUAAAAUUUUGUUCCUUCACUUGUCUAAACCCACAUUAAGUUAAAAUAAGCAGAUAGAAAACCGUUUCGAAAUGUUUUUACCUUAUUAUGAGCAGUAAACGACCGGUCCAAAGAUCAUUUUAGCACGACUUUCGGUUGUUCGUCGCUUGACCUCUGGUUUGCAACCUCUGCACUUUUGUAUGCACCUCACACCCGACAGACCGAGUGAACUUUCGACGUCUUCAAAGGUCGAAUACUAAUCUUUGAUCAGUUUAGGCGAAUUUUAUUACGAUUGCAUCUUCUUCGACGGUUUAUAGCCAUUUGUUUAACACUGCUUUACACUGCACGAAAAUAUAUAUCUGACCGGUGCUACAAUGGCACAAUAAUGUCCGCGACGCUGUUCGUCACUCAAUACUGUCACGUGCAUUUUAACGGGGGAGGAGUGGCGGUGCUUGAAAGUACAUAAAUACGCCUAGAAUCCCUUUAUAAACGACUAAAGAGUUUAAAAGCCGAUUUAUCAACUUAUACUACGCAAUUGCAAGAUGGCUUGCUUGCUUCAUCUUUGUUAAACUCUAGUUUCUACUUGAACCACUCAGUAGCCUGUGCCAGGCUCUCAGAUAGUAUAGUGCGGACGUAUUAAAACGAGCAAAGCGAAAACCCCAGCCCCCUGGCGUUUUUCUCGGAGCCUGGAACAGGCCAACCACUCAUGCGCUCUACAAUCUAGCGCUGUUAGUUGCGACAUAAUAAACAUCGACCAAAAACUGAACCUGUUCUCACUGCGACAAAAAAUAGAGUUUGGCCUUUGCAAACUGAUAAUUGGAAAAUUUUGUAAUUACCAAAACUUUAAAGAUGCCUACAACUUUCUCCUAGGCGACAAAAUCCUCUGUUCCCUUUAUUUUGACAGCUAUCCUUCGUUGGGUCAUUUUAUUUUGCGAACGUUAACAAUUAACGUUACUGGUUACAAGAAUAAUUUCGUGUGUCUCAUUUGCGAAAAGGGUUUCAAAAAUAAGAAAGAAGCAAGAAUUAUUGUUGCAGGCGCUAAUCAAAAGGGAUAUGCUACUAUAUAGUUACGAACUGUUGUACACGAAUUUUGGCUAGCGUAAUCAGUUCUUGUUUUGAAUAAAAAGGUUAUCAAGGUUUUCUGUACAGAUGCUUUGGGACAUGUGCCUUUUAUUCGUUAAAACCUUGGUUGUUAUAGCCAAGAGUACCGUAGUCCCAUUAUACACUUUACACAAAUGAAUAGUGAUUGCGUGAAUAGCGCGCACUGCAAAAGAUCGUGAGGUCACAGCUCAUGCAAACCCGACUUUUGCAUGGGCUAAUUUAGCAACAGAAUAGGAACGUCAGUUGACGGGAAAGCGCGUGGAAAGGACUAAACGCGACUUUCGUUCCAAAUUUGCCGCUCUGCCAUUGGUCAAGCUAGUUGUUAGAUUUGAGCGCGACGUCGUCAACUGACGUUCCCGUUCCGUUGCUAAAUCAGCCUAAUUUUCUCAGAUAAUACGCGCGCUCUGAUUGACCAAAAGUUGUGUUUGCAAGAGGGUUUGUAGUAACGACGUCACGAUCUUUCGCGGUGCGCUCGCUAUUCAAUACGCGCAAUAUCAACAAUAAGCAGAUCAUCCCAUUCCUCAUGUAUUCGUACCACAGGUCUCCCAAACGUAAUAUGAGAGUUUGUAUGGGAAAAAAAGAGUUUGAAACUUAGAUGAAAUAAAUGAACAGGCAGUGUAAUAAUGAUCUAAAAGUGCUCAAAUCGCGCUGAAACUUCAUAAAAACAAAGACAACGACUCCAGGUAACAAUAUUUACACUUUAUUGACAAAUUUUCUCGCUUUUACUUUAUUCAUUUCAUCUAAGUUUCAAACUCUUUUUUUCUCAUACAAACACUCAUAUUACGUUUGGGCCACCUGUGUUCCUACUAUUUAAGAAAGUUAUGAGGAGGAGAGAGGGGACUUUUUCGAUAGGGGCGUUUUUUUGAUAUUAUGGCCAACGGGGUGAGCGCUUAUUCGGGGACGGGCGCUUAUUAGAGCGUGGGACCUUACCGAGGAAAUACGGUACACAGAUAUGUAACACGUUAAAUCAAAAAAACUUAAAAUGAACGCACCGGACAGACCAGCAAACGCGUUAAGAUGCAUUUAGCCAAAAUAGAAAUACCGUUGGUUGAAAAAAAAAAAAAGUUAAUAAGCGCCUCCAUUAUUAAGCGCCCUCCUCCCUAUAAGCACCUCUCCUUUUAGCCGAGCUGGGGCGCUUAUUCGAGGAAAUACGGUAUUUACAUAGCUUGCAAAAUAUAACGAAGUUUUAAAGAGCUGCUUCUUAACACCACCACUACUAUGAUUCUAAGAGAAGGGUCUGGAAAUGACCUUAAUGCCAAAGGUCCCCAGACUGUGACUGCGCGCUUACGUUAGAGUUUGUUCUACAGAAUUGCAGCUGCAGCCUUGUGCUAAAUUCUUCAACAACUCCAAGUUCGGCUUCUAUCGGCAGGUUAUGGCACUGAUAACGGUCCUGAUAGCGUUCAAUAAAAUCACCCAGUCAGGGAGUUGACAACCAAAGUUUUGAUAAACAAAAUGAUCAGUAUUUGGAUUUUAACAGGGAAAGAACGUGUCUAAGGGUAUCACUAUCUUAAGCUAUGGAUUGUCUUUAUUCACUCUAUACCGGAGAGCUUUUGUGCCGGCACAAAAAGAAAGCAUACCGGAUAGGUCUCCUGGUCACGUAAAGAAGGGUGAUUUCGGCCCGAAAAAGCAAAGCUGCGACGCGCCGAUCACUAAACAGGAGAGUCACAUACCGGAUAGGUGUUCAUACUUUACCGGAUAGCUUUUUGUGUCUGCACGUAAAGCUAUCCAGUGCAGUGUGAACUGGUCAGUAUAAAACAAGAACUGUGGACUGUGAACUGUGGACCACGGACUGCGGACUGGGUUUAAAACACGGACUAGGUAUAAAAUGAGGACUCCGGACUGAGUAUAAAAACACGGAUUAGGUAUAAAACGCGGACCAGGGACUAUGUAUAUAAAAACAGCUUUAGAACGGUAAAACUGAGAGAAACGGAAAGCGAACUAGCAUAAAACGGUAGUCCCAGCUCCUUCCCUCACACACA